AGAGAGGAAACCAAGUUUAGUACAGAGGAUGUUGAGACUGUUUUUCGGGCUCUCAAUGAAGCAUUGGAGUUUCUGAAUCGACAAGAAGAUUUGAAGCUGUUUCGCAGAAUCGUUAGGUCAUGGAAACUUCUAAGGAAGAAAUAGUAAUCAAGAGGGCGGAUGAUCACUGGGCUUUCCUGGAACAUAUUGAAGCCCCAAUGUGGGCGGAUUUGACUUUAGAAGCAAAGUCUGGGGUCGAAGACAUAAAUGAUGACUGGUUCAGCGUGAGCCACCUGUUCCACCAGUGGUCUUCGCAUGAGUUAAAAUCUAAAUUUUCCAAAUCUGGUGAGGAGAUAGUGACAUCUGCAUUUGACUCACAAGGACCACCUUCACCAGAACUUCCAUCUUCAGUCUCAAGAUCGAGAGGAAAACACUUUAAGAGCAAGAAGUGGGGUGUUAAUCUGGAUGUUUCGUUUGACAAGAAGCUUCCAGCUAGGAUGUGCUUCCCGGAAGUGUCUGGCUUUGGUCCCGAAGUGAAACCCAAACUAAAUGCGACCAAGUCAAAAGGAACGUCAAGUGCAAAAUCUAUGGCAAAUGGAUAUGCCUUAUCGAAUUGUACCAAAUCUAUGGCUGGCAGGAGCCUAGCGAUAAGGUCAGGUUCUAUGAAUAAUAAGGCCGGUGAGAGUAAUUCAAGGAGUACAAUUACAUCUGAGUAUACUCAGGGACAGGAGAAUUUGACGGAGGUAUCUAGUAAGCCAUAUGAUAAGAAAAGCCAACUUUCUUUCAGGAGUACUACUAGUCUUAGGAAAAGCUGUGUUGUGAAAAAAACAUUAAGAGUGGAUAUUAAUGGUGAUAGCAAGAAAUCAAGAGCGCGUAAAUCAUCUUCCGGAAAGUCUAGUGUUGGUUCAUGUUCAAACCCUGUUUCAGAUGGGAAAGAUGUAGCCAUUGUGAAUCCUGCAGCUAAGAACCGAUGCAAGCUUUCUAACGCAUCCAGGAAAUCUACUGUUCAUAUUGAAGCACCGAAACUUCUUAGCAGAUUGGGAACUACGGCUGAAUUUGCAAAGCCAACUUACCAUAAAGCUACAAAAUCAGUGAUGUACCUUUUGCAGGCCCCACAUCAGAUUUUACCUUCAAGGGCUUGCUUACCUGCCAAUAAACAAAAUUCUUCUACUAGUGCUACAAAGGAGCAACUAGAACAUGGCAAGCCUAACGGUUUGGCUGGCAAGAGAAAUGAGAACAUUGCAAGUUUUGUGGCAGUACAUCAGAAAAGCAGUAAAAGCGAUGUUCUUACUGGGGGCUUCAACGACCAGAGAAUCACAGAACGGAACAUUCUGCGGAAGAGUAACAGUGCAGGAUCAACUGUUUUGAAAGGACAGAGAAAAGCUCCCCGAGAUGCGACGAAUACAAACAACCUAACCAGAAGGAUCUACUUUAGAUAAGGUAGAGCCCCGUACUGACUUGUGUGUGUGUAUAGUGCAAGCUGAGUAUCGUUCCUCAAUAUUGAUUGGGCAUAUUUGUAAAUUGACACUUUUCGGCCCACGUCCCGUAGUUUGGUGUUAGACUUGGGUUGCUUUUCAAGCCCAUUUCACACAUGCUCUCCCCAACAUGCCGUUUUAUGGCUCAUCUUGCGCCCUAAAACGAAUUAGAGGCCCGU